AUGUCGUUAGCUCCGCUUCCAGAAUCGCUCAAUCCGUUACUUGACGAGUACUUGGUUCCAGGUAGCUUAAGCAAGCCUUUUGUGACGUUGACCUACGCGCAGUCCCUUGAUUCUAAGAUCUCUUCACUGGUGGGAGUUCAAACUAAGAUUUCACACGUUGAAACCAAAACAUUGACUCACCAUAUAAGGUCCAGGCAUGACUCCAUACUAGUUGGAAUAGGUACAGUUUUGGCAGAUGAUCCAAAAUUGAAUUGUCGUUUAGGUGGCGACUCUAGUUCAUCUCCACGGCCAGUAAUUAUAGAUCCAAAAGGAAGGUGGAACUAUGCUAGCUCGCAGCUUAGAAAGAUCGUUGAUAACAAGAAUGGAAAAGCUCCUUUUAUAGUGACGGACCUGUCAGAGUCAAUAGGAGGUGAAUCAUUGAAAGUUUUGGAACAACAGGGUGGUAAGCAGAUCAAGCUACCUCUUCAGGAAAAAAGAUAUGAAAAUUGGGACAUAAUAUUAUCUAGUUUAUAUGAAUUGGGAAUUAAAUCUGUAAUGGUUGAAGGCGGAGCUACCGUGAUUAAUGAUUUACUUGCAUACAAAAACAAAGAUGGAAGGACAUUGAUAGAUUCUCUCAUCAUUACCAUUGGGCCAGUUUUCUUGGGCAGAAAUGGCGUUGAUGUAAGUCCUUCGGAACAUGUUGAUCUCAAUAAAGUUAAGUGGUGGACUGGAAUACAAGACAGCGUUUUAUUCGCCAAAGUAGUACUGAAUUAG